AAAGAUUUGCUUAAAUUGUUAUGCAAUCGGAAUAUCAAUGUGAAUAGAUUCACGGAUUUUGACAUUGUGAUUAACUGGAUUUUCCUUUCUCAGUCGCUUGUCAUAAAACAAAAUUGUAAACAAGUGCACGUGCAUGCACGGCCGAAAAAACGUGAAAUAACAUGGAUAAUAUCACCCAGAAAUGCUCAGUUUGUGAGGAGAAGCAGUAUAAAUAUAGAUGCCCAAAAUGCAGAAUUUUGUAUUGCUCAGUACCCUGUUACAAGGAGCACAAAUCAGGCGAUUCUUGUGAAAAUAAAGAAGAAAUUCAGAAGGCCAAGGAAGAUGGUGGAAAUCUUGCAAAGGAAGAAAGGGCAAAAGAAGAAGGAGAAGUAUCCGAGGAUGAAGAUGAUGACAUGGACUCACCAAUCGAUGAUCAACUCACACAAGAACAACUGAAUAAACUGGGUGAGUCCGACUCGGUGAGGGAUCUUCUUCAGAACCCCCACCUGAGGGUGCUUAUCACACAGUUGGAUAAAGCAGAUGAGAAGGCUAAAGCUAUAGAGGGCGCUAUGCAGGAGCCAAUCUUUGUGGAGUUUGCAGAUGCCUGCCUUGCAGCAACAGUUGGACAGGAUAAAGACACCAUUGCAGACAGAUGAUAUUUUUGUUGAUGUCUGGGUGGACUCGAUUUUACACAGAAAUGCUGGGAACGAGUGAGGGACGGAAAGAAUUGGAGAUAUAACGUGAUACUAUUCUGUAGUCAGUACCAGUGUUAACUCUGAAACUAAAGGAUGAUUUUGGCAGUUUCACAGCUGGAAAGAGGCAGACUUUUAUGUGAAUAAUCAAUGUCAUCAAGAAGGGAGACGGCUUUCCUUUGUCUCUUGUAUAAUUUUUUCUUUCU